AUGAACUCCUGUAUUUUUAAAGAAAAAACACUAAUAUUUAUUGAUAAGAAUGAAAUUAUUUAAUACAAAAAUGAAUCUUAACAAGAAAUUGUUUCUCGUAAAACAAGAUUAUGUUUGGGAGAUUAUGAUAUUAAUUUUGAAAAUAAAUUUAAAUUAUCUUUAGAUAAUUUUUCUAUAAAAAAGAAGUUAGGAAGUGGAAAAUUUUCUGAUGUUUAUAUAGCUAUUGAAAAGUAAACAGGAUUAUGGGUUGCUUUAAAGUAAAUUAAAUUUUCAACAAUAAAAGAGUAUGGCUUAUAUUAAGAUAUAACAAACGAAAUAAUAAUGUAAACUAAACUUUCUCAUAAAAAUAUUAUUCAACUUUAUGGCUUUUUUAUUUCAAAUUAAAGUGUUUAUUUAAUUUAGGAACUUUCCUGUGGAAAGGAUCUUUUUACCGAUAUGAAAGCCUAACACAAUAAAUCUUAUAAUGAAUCAAUAGUAUCAUUAUAUAUAAGAUAAGUUGCUGAUGCUUUACAUUAUAUGCAUAUGUCAAGUAUAAUACAUAGAGAUAUAAAACCUGAAAAUAUAAUGAUUUGUGAUGGUAUUUUAAAAUUAUGUGAUUUUGGUUAUGCUGCGCCUUUUAGUAAAAAAAUAAGAAGAUCAACUUUUUGUGGAACUUUAGAUUAUGUUAGUCCUGAAAUGAUUGAAAAUAAAGAUUAUAACAAUUCAAUUGAUAUUUGGAGUUUAGGAAUUCUUACUUAUGAACUUAUAUUUGGGAGAGCUCCUUUUUCUGGAAAAGGAUAUGAGGAUACUCUAUAAAAUGUUUUAAAAGGAUAAAUUAAUUUUAGUGGGCCUAUUUCAUUUGAAUGUGGAGAAUUUAUUACAAGAUUAUUACAUUAAGACCCUAAUUAAAGAUUAAAAUUAGCUUAAGCAUUAAAGCAUCCAUUUUUAAAAAAUACUAAAAAUGACUAAAUUUCAGUUGACAAAAGUAUUAACGUAGGUGAUUUUGAGUUUUUGUAUUAAUGA